AUGUCUGAAGACAUUCUGACAGCUGAUGAGUGCGUGGGAGCGUGUGGAAGAAGGGCAAGGUGAGUGGAAGGUGAGUGUUGGAUGAGAAGGUGUGACGCAUCGGGAGCGCGUCCCUAGCGUGUUUUCCAUACGGCUGCCAGAGCCGUCUCAAUCACAUACUUUUUGUUGACGUUAACCGUUUUCAGACGGCUCUCAUAGCCGUAUCAAAAAUGUGAUUUCUAUUGACGUAAACGUUGUUCAGACGGCUCUCAGAGCCGUAUGGCAUAGGUUUGCGUUGGCACGGCUCUCAUAG